AUGAUGAGGUGGAAGACAAUUUCAUUUUUGUUGUCUUUUCUGAGUAUUUCUCUUAUAACAACUGCAAAAGAUGGUGAAUCAAACUACUACUUCUUCAAGAAGGCAACUUCUAGCUCAACUUUGGUGGGGAGCACUUUUAACGGAGAAUUUGACCCAUCAAAUGCAUUGAAUAUGGGAAAUAGUGAGUGGAGGUCUGCAAAUGGUCUCUCAACAGAACAACAGAUUGUUUACACAGCCUAUAUUUCAGCAACAGCGAAAGCAAUUGGUUUGAAAAUAGUUUGGAGUUCAAGCGCAAGAGAAACUCAAAUUCAAGUUUCUCCAGACGGAAUUAAUUACGAAAUUGUCGUACCAAACAGAAGAGCAACUCAAAACGAGAAAGAGUUCACUGAAGACUUUAUGUUUGAUCAUUCAAGAGAUGUUAGAGCGGUGAAAAUUCAGAUGAAGGCAAGGCCAAACCAAUACGUUGGUAUCAGACAGUUGGUUGCCCUUGGAUCAGGGUCUCCAUUAGCCAUGAUUAUUUCUGGAAUUACAGAUGAGAGAGGGGACAACUGUUUACAAGUAAUUGGAGGUAAAGUUCAGGAGGAGUUUGCUCAAGUAGACUUGGAUUCAUGUGUAUAUGGUAUUUCUGCGGGAGAUGGAAGGGAAUUAUGGAAAAUGGGUCCAAAUGGACAAAUUAUCAGUGCAGCAAGUAAUCCUCCAAAAUGUCUAAUUGUAGCAAAUGGUGAUUUUAGUGGCUCAUCUCCUUUACUUAUUCAAGAUUGUGAUGUUGCAGAACAAGCUGAAGAUGGUCGAUCAUUUUGGGAAUUUAAUGAUAAUUCUCAACUACAGGUUAAAGGAACAAAUGCAUGUGUAAAUCAAAUAAACAAAGCUGGUGUUGGAGUUGGAACAACAAAGCUAGAAUUAAAUGGAACAGCCUCAUCCACAAUGGAUGCAUUACAUACAGUAGGCGCAGCAAUAGAUAGCGAUAUAGCAACAUACUGGGCAUCUGCAGCUUUUGAAAGUGCUGGUGAGCAUAAAGUUUCUAUUAACUUGUCAGCUAAUACAACCUAUCAACUUAAGAAUUUGAGAAUAGAUUGGGAAUUUCCACCAUUCACUUACUCUAUCGCAGCAAAGGUUGAUGGUGAAAUAAAACAAAUUGCAAGAGUUGAAGGAAAUCCAUCAAAUACAACAUUGAAUGAGAUGAAUGGAGUAAUUUCAGAUUUCAUUGAAAUCGUUAUGGAAAAGCCACAUCCAAGAUACGGUAAAUACUCAAACAAAUAUUUGUAUGGUAUUAGAGAAAUUGAAUUAGUUACAAAUAAUUUAAGAUCAGUUGUUUCAUUCUGCAGAGAUGCAGCUAUGUCAAAAGAUGCUAGAGAUAAAUACUUCUUGAAUUAUGUUGAAGAUUUUAAUUCCAAGGCAUCAGAAAUGGUUAAGAGUGCAGCUAGAGAUGUUAUGUCUAGAACAAGAAAUCUCGGAGUGUUAAAUGAUAGAGUUAAUACUCUACUUCCGUCAAUUGAUGAGUGUUUUACUGACAAGAAAGAGUAUGUGUCUCGUUUAGAGGAUUACAUUUCAAAUGCUAAACAAUUAAAGGAAGGUUUGGGAGCUGUUAAGAAUGAAAUUUCUGUCGGAAUUGGACGUGAACCGGGUGAUGAGUCAACUCUUCCAGCAGAAGAUUGUUUUGCAAUUGCUUCAAGAAAUCCAAAUUCGAUUUCUGGUUUCUACUGGAUAUUACCAAGAUGUGCCCCCGAACCUAUUCGAGUAUGGUGUGAUAUCAAGUUUGGAGCAUCAUAUUAUAUAUGGAAUGAUGGUGGAAAUCCAGGAUCAUAUAUUCCUGUCACAUCUGUCUCAGAUAUAAGAAGGUACUGCGCAAAUGUUGGAAUGGAACCAUUAGUACUUAGAAAUAUUGAGCAGAUAUCUGGAAUUAAAACAGCAUUAGGAAUUAUGGGAUUCAAAUUAUCUGAAGGAAGCGGUAUUCCAUUAGCCGUUGACUAUGGUUGUUUAGACGGAAAAUGUACAGGAUCUUAUCAAGAUUUAAGAGAUGGAACAAGUGAUUUGUCCAGCUUAGUUCUUUCUUUGGCAUCUCCUGAGUCAACUGCUACAACAUUGUUUGGAAAUGAUGCAGUAGGACUUGGAUUCAGUGAAAAUUAUCUAAGCUUCUUCAAUUUAAGGAACUCAAAUAUUGUUGGAAUUGUUUGUUCUACAAAUGUGGUAUUAAGUCAAAAGCAAAUCAAUCAUGUUGAUAUUGAUUGUGAUACUGUUGCUUACAAAAAUCCAAUUUUCGAGGGACCAAUUAAUACAAAUAUUGUUGUACAAUGUCCACCAGGUUGUGGAGAGUAUAAAACUAAAGUAUACGGAAGCGACGGAGUAUACUCAGAAAAGAGUUCAAUUUGUAGAGCUGCUCUACACGUUGGAGUAAUUUCUGCAAAUACCGGAGGAAUGCUAAAUGUUGCUUUGGAAGGUCCAAAGAAUUCAUACGAAGGAUCAAUAAAAAAUGAAAUCGAAUCUGAAAAAUUGUCAGGUAUUCCAACAAGAAGUUUAAGAAUUAGUACUAUUUCAAAGGAAUGCCCAAUUGAUGUAAUUUCAAAAGGAUCAAAUGAUUUCCGCCAGCUUUCUACUGCUACUACUUUGAACCAGUCAGUAAAACAAGGGCAAAAACUACAAACUACAGUUAAAGCUAAUCCAACAAUCAAGAGCGAUUUAUGGGAAGGAGCUAUGAACGAGCCUUUUAUUAGUAAAAUCUUGAAAGAAGCUUCACAAUACAUUGAUGAGUCAUAUGGUGUUGACCAAUCAUUAAGUAUGGCAACACAAGAGGAGUCAAAGAUUGCAGUUCUGGAGAUGAGAAGAAGAUUAAAACCAGCAGAAAUGUUAACAAAGUCACAAUCACCAAAGAUAUUAGAUGUUGUUGAUGAUGUUGAUAAUAUUGCAAAUGAAUUAUUAAAAGUUACCGGUGUUUAUAAAUCAGUAACUAAAGAGUUACUAGAUAAGUUGGAUGAUGUUGAAGCAAUUCAUUCUUCACAGACUGGAUUCCAAAGUUUCACAUUAAAUACACAAAAAAUGCCAUUUGAACAAACAUUUUCUGUAUAUGAUAUGCCGAGAACCCAAAGAGGACCAAGUGAUUGGGGUUACACAACCACUCCAAUUGACGGGAGAACUAAAUUGCUUGGACAGAAUUCUCCAAUAACCGGUUCAUCCGAGCAUUCACCAAGGGGAACCUUUGCACAAAUUAAGAAUAGAAGAUUUUUUGAUUUCACCUUAACAGCUGAAGUUUACCCACCAAUUUCAGGUAUUUUUGGUAUUUCAUUUAGAGUAAGAGAUUUGUCCAAUUACUAUUUGCUUGAAUUUAAUCAAGAAGAAGAGAGAAUUAGAUUAUUAAGACUUAAAGAAGGUAUUACUUAUAUUUUGGAUACAAGAGAAGGCUUUAAGCUUCAGAAGGGAAUAUUCCACAAGAUAGAAAUAACUGUCCAAAGAGAUAGAAUCUACUCUAAAGUUGAAAAUAUUAAACUACAAGUUGUUGAUGAAGGUUUACUUUCAGGUACUGUUGGGUUCUAUUCUAAUGGAGUUGUUGGAGGUGUCUAUUUUGAUAAUAUUUCAAUUAAAGCCAAGUCUUGCAAGAAAUUCUUCAUGUCACCAGCUCCAAGGUCACCAAGAUGUUCCAAUUAUAAACAAUGUUAUUUAUCCACAUUUGAGACAACUUAUGAUGUUGUUAAUGGCAACGAUAAUAGUAACUGGGAGUAUGUCAAAGAAUAUAAGGGAAGAACAAAUGCAAUGGUUGUCAAAACUUCUGGUGAAUCUAGAGUCCUUUUAAAGGAAACCCAUACUUGUAAAAAUGGUUAUUUCUCCUUUGACUUUAAUCCACCCUGUUCAAAUGGAAAGGUUUCGGGUAUUUUCAGAUAUACCGAUAAAGAUAAUUAUUAUCAGGUUGUUGUUUCAAAUUUAUCUACUACUUUGAUCAAAAAAAUUAAGGGUAAAACCACUCUUUUAAAGAAGUCUAUGUUUGGUUUUACACAAGAUGAAUGGAAUCGUAUACUUGUGAACUUUGAAGGAUCAACAAUCUUUGUCUACUCAACUAAAUAUAAUGGAAGCACUAAGGAAAUUAUUAAGGUUACUGAAAAAGACACUCAAAUAACCCAUGGUAGAGUCGGAUUGAGUGUCAAAAACUGCUCUGAAACAGCCUUUGAUAAGAUUUCCCUUGAGCCAUUUAGAGUUGAUUCAGACAAAGAUAUUCAGACCUCAAAUAAAGAAACUAACUCUAUUUACAAGCCCUGUACUUUAAACGUCCACAUCCUACAGAGAGAACAACAUUGUGAGACCAUGUUUGGAGCCAAUUCGCAAAAAGCAAUUACAUGUACUAAUAACUACUGUACUGAAUGUUGUGACUACUAUACAAAUAUGAUUACCGACAGAACAUACUAUAAUUCAUGUAAGAGUACCUGCUCAGUUAAUGAUAGUUCUGCUGAAAAUUCAACUAAGGAAUAUAUUAAUCAGCUCGCCAAUUGUAUUUCUGGAACUAGUAAAGCCUUUGAUGUCUGUACAGAGACCGACCAGAAAUGCAAAGUUGAGGUUUGUGAUUUAUGUUGUAAUAGCACAUUCGAUGGUUUAAAGAAGGACAUUCAAGGAAUGGUUGUAAAGGCUUGUCAGACUCAAUGCACUCACAGAUUUGAAACCGACAAGGUUAUGGCAUAA